CGAACAAAACCCCGCGUCCCGCUCUGCUGCGCGGAGGCGCUCGGUGCGGAGCCGCAGGGCCGGCGGCAGCGGCGGGGACGGGGACGGUGCCGGGGACGGUGCCGGGCGCUGGCAGAGGCAGAGCAGCGCGCAGGGAAAUAUCUGGACCAUGAAGGUGGCCUUCAGAUUGCUUCUCCCACUGGUUCUUGUGCUGAUCUCGGAGGUGAGCGGGCAGCGGAGGAAGCCUCCCCGGAAACCCACGCGCCCGCCUCCCGAGCCCGUUGAGCCCACAGAGCUGCCCCCACCCUUGCCACCGGGUCCCCCCUCCGUCUUCCCUGACUGCCCUCGGGAAUGCUACUGCCCUCCAGACUUCCCCUCUGCCCUCUACUGUGACAGCCGCAACCUGAGGAAGGUCCCCAUCAUCCCGUCCCGCAUCCACUACCUCUACCUCCAGAACAACUUCAUUGACGACCUCCCGGAGGAGUCCUUCAGGAACGCUACCGGGCUGAAAUGGGUCAACCUAGACAACAAUCGCAUCCGGAAGGUGGACAGGCGGGUCCUGGAGAAGCUGGAAAACCUCAUCUUCCUCUACAUGGAGAAGAACCAGCUCAAGGAGGUGCCUGCCUUCUUGCCACCCAACCUGGAGCAGCUGCGUCUGAGCAGGAACCAGAUCUCCAAGAUCCCUCCUGGGGUCUUCAGCAAGCUGGAGAACCUGGUGCUCUUAGACCUGCACCACAACAAGCUAAGCGAUGGGGUCUUCAACAAAAACACGUUCAAGGGACUCAAGAAUCUCAUGCAACUCAACCUCGCCCACAAUAUCCUGAGGAAAAUGCCCCCUGGGGUGCCCAGUGCCAUCCACCAGCUCUUCCUAGAUAGGAACAACAUCGAGGACAUCCCCAGCGACUACUUCAAGGAGUUUCCCAACCUGGCAUUCAUCCGGCUCAACUACAACCAGAUCUCUGACAAAGGGCUGCCCAAGAACUCCUUCAACCUCACUAAUUUGCUCGUGUUGCACCUGGCCCACAACAAGCUCACCAACGUCCCUUUCAUCAGCUCCAAGCUGGAGCACCUCUACCUAAAUAACAACUCCAUUGAAAAGAUCAACGGGACGCAGAUCUGCCCCACGUCCCUGGUGUCCAUCCAGGACUUCUCGCCCUCGGACCUGGACAGCGUGCCCCGGCUCCGCUACCUGCGGCUGGACGGGAACCUCCUGAAGCCCCCCAUCCCCCUGGACCUGAUGAUGUGCUUCCGGCUCCUGCAGUCCGUGGUCUUCUAACCCUGCCCGGCAGCGUGCCUCUCCCAGGGCUUGGCUUUGCACAGAGACUCGACCCCUGUCGGCGUUUGACACUUGGGACCCUCUUUGCCUCCCUCUCCCCCUGCUCCCACCCUGCCUCUCCUUCCCUCUCGCAUUUCCCCCUCUCCUUGGUGGCCCUGGCACGUAUGUCCUGAUGGACCGCUGUCCGCAGGACGGCACCGUCCCAGGCCGUGGCAGGCACCGGGCAACGCGGCGUGGGUGCCACCCUCACCCCGGUACCCAGCCGGCGAUCCCCGUUCCCUGCCUUGCCCCCCGGCAGCCGGCCGUCCCCAGGGCACCGCGUCCCUGGCCGUUGCUGGAGCUGGGGCUGGCUUCGCCCUUCCACCCAGCAGAGGUUCAGGAGCUUGGGAUCUGUCCUAGCUGAAAGCACCUCGUGAUGGAGCUGAAGAGGGAGCUGUAGGGAAGAGGGGAGGAAAGGGGGAGCCUCGGACCGAGCCGUGCACUGUUAUCACACGUUUCCAGAAUGAAGCAAUGUUGGCUCGGAGGCAGCCGUGUGCAGCAGCAGUGCCAAACCCAGCAAACCAGGAAAGCUUAAAAAUCAGAGCCUGAUCUGCCCGGGGACAGCUGUGUCCCUGGUGCUGGGGUUGUAGGGAACUGGGCGCAGCUCCCUGCUUUGCCCUGUGUUGGGGGGACAAACGGGUCCCUGCCGAACAUCCUGGGGAAAGCCGGGGGGUUGCUCGGCCCCUCCUGACUUGCUGCAAGACUCGGGUUGUCUCCUCGCUCCGGGCGGAUGCUGUGGGCAUGUUCCCCUGCGGAGAGGCUCAGACAUCCCUGGGGAAAAGCUGCCCGUGGAGAACAUGGAGCAGGGAUGUCCUGCGGCUCGCGUGACAGGGUGACCGGCGGUCACCCUGCGGCCGUGGGGCGCCGAGCCGGGCACAUGGGGCUGCACAAGCCUGGCGUUUCCCGGGCGUCCCGGUUCCCUGUGUCCGCCUGCCGCGGGCCCCUGCGAGCAGGGCUUGGCGGAGGCGCGGGCCCGGCGCCGUUCGGCAGGGCCGGCAACGACACCUCGUGGCCGGAGCCACGUCCCGGGGUCCCGCGCGAGGCCGCCCUGCUCCUCCGGCUUGGUCCCUUUGGGGGCCCUUCGGUUUGGUUACUCCAGAGGUUGCAUGGGGUUUUUUUUUCCCUGCGGGGCUUGCUGUCGAUUUGGCAAGGAUGUUGGUGGGGAAAGGUCCCCCUUCUGCAGAUGGAGCUGGGGUUUGCUGUGCCAUGGGUGGGGAGAGCUGAUUCCACUUUUCCCAAGGCAAUUUCCCAUGCACCCUCCUUCGCGGGACCCGACCACCCCUCCUGCCUCCCCCAGCCCUCAUUUUCUUCUCUCCCGGGGCUCCAACACCAGCCGUGCAGGCUGAGUCCAGCCCCGGUGCCGCAGCCGUCCCCUCCCGCGUGCUGCCAGCCGCGCUGCAGCGAUGCACGGCACCUCCGCAGCCGUCACCCCCGUCCGCAGCUCGCUGCCGCAGCCGAAAGCCCCGCGGCGGGCAGGCCCCGAUGCCAGCGGGGCCCCGCGGCUGCCAGCGAGCGCCCCGAGCAGAGCCGCUGCUUCCACAGCGAUGCCGGCAUGAAUCGCGCUCUCGUAUUUAGGUACCUGGGGCCGGGUGCUGACCGCGGCGACGUGGGUGCAAAUCCGGGCUCUGCUGGGGCCGGGUUACACCCGCGAAAUCUCCGCUCUGCUCUCGCGGCCCCUCUUUCCGUAUCGCUCGACUCUGUAAAUUUCACUCCUGGUUGCUUUCUUGAACCAACCACAUAUGUCUGGUUUUGAUUUUUUAUUUUUUUUGGAAGAAGAAAAGGAAAAAGGGAAGAAUAAAUCUUUUGGAAAAGCUGUUUUUUAUUCCCCUUCUCCCCAUUUCCACAUGUAUCGCUUCCCUCUUUGAUAGCUGUACCUGCAUAUAUAGGGCGUCCGGGUUUAGGGGGGAUUAUUCUCUUUUUUUUCUUCCUGAUCCUCAGGAUUUAGAUUGAAGGCCGAGCAUUAGAGGGGGAAAAAAAAAAAUCCCCCAGAAUAAGCAUUAAAGCAAUUAAAGGAGCAGUUGCCUCCUUUGUGUUUAGCCACCAGAAAUAAGCCUGGUGUGAGAUGAGCGCGGCUGGGCGCCGAGCGCUGCGCUCCACGGGGAAGGCAGCGGGCACAGGAAUCUCCCUGGAGCCCAUGGGAAAUGCCAGCGCUUCCCCCCGCCUUCCCGACGCAUCCCACAUGUGCCGGUGCUCGGCCACAGCCACGGGAGGAUCGUCAAACCCCCACGCUCAUUCGGGGUGGUGGUUUUGGUAAAAAAUCUCUUCUCCAACUCUUCCUCCCAUGGGCUUUAUUGGGUUCGACAGGUUUCAGCCUUAAACCCGGAGAUCCUAUGUAUAUAUUUAUAUAUAAUGUGUAUAUAUACUGGUAGACUGUACAGAUACAUCUAUAGACGUAUGUAGUUCCCGAGUGAUUUCAACUUAAUGGUAUUUUCACUCCUCCUCUCUGCAGUGGUGAAAAUAAAGUGACUCAAAAGGGA